CGAUGCAAGUUAUCAGUACUUUUCUUCUUAAUCUUGAAAUUUUAAAAAGAGGCAUCGUACUUAAUUAUUCUAGUCAUAUUUAUUAAUAUUCGCCUGUCAAUAGCUCCAAUUGUAUUUUCUUGUUUAAAAUGAAAUUAGUUUGAAAAAAUCUAUUCCUCAUCAGAAAACAAAAUGUCGGUAGAACAACUGAAGGCUCGUGUGGCAGAGUUGGAAGCAAUGCUUCAGAUUAAGACAGGGACAGCUAGAGAGAAGAUCACUGAGAUGUCCAGCCAGGUUGUUGACUCCAACCCCUACAGCAGGCUCAUGGCUCUAAAAAGAAUGGGGAUUGUGGACAACUAUGAGAAAAUCCGGGAUUACACUGUGGCUGUGGUCGGAGUAGGAGGGGUCGGUAGUGUUACUGCGGAGAUGCUGACAAGGUGUGGUAUUGGUAAGCUGAUCCUGUUUGACUAUGACAAGGUGGAGAUGGCGAACAUGAACCGUUUGUUUUUCCAGCCUCACCAGGCAGGAUUAUCUAAGGUUGAAGCCGCAGCUCGAACUCUAGAGAAUAUCAAUCCUGAUGUUCAAUUCGAGACUCACAACUACAAUAUCACAACCGUAGAGAACUUCGAGCAUUUUAUGUCAAGGAUAUCCGAGGGCAGCCUCACCGGAGGCCGGAUAGACCUUGUCCUUAGCUGUGUUGAUAAUUUCGAGGCCAGGAUGGCGAUCAACAAGGCCUGCAACGAGCUCAGCCAAACCUGGUUCGAGUCCGGAGUAUCAGAGAACGCCGUUUCUGGUCAUAUUCAGUUCCUAAAACCAGGUGAAACUGCGUGUUUCGCCUGCGCCCCGCCUCUAGUAGUGGCGAGCAAUAUAGACGAGAAAACAUUGAAGCGGGACGGCGUGUGUGCGGCGAGCCUGCCGACCACAAUGGGUAUAGUGGCCGGGUUCUUGGUUCAGAACACGCUCAAGUAUCUUCUUAAAUUCGGACAGGUGAGCAUGUAUCUCGGAUACAAUGCUAUGCUUGACUUCUUCCCAACUAUGACGAUGAAACCUAAUGAAUCCUGCGAUGAAUAUUUCUGCCGUCAAAGACAGAAGGAGUUCGUUAUUGAGUUGGCCAAGCGACCGAAGGAAGAAGUAGUUGAAGAGGUCGAGGAGGCUGUUGUUCACGAGGAUAAUGAUUGGGGAAUAUCCCUGGUGUCCGAGGAUGCCGGAGAAACAGACGCGUCCGUCCCAACCCUGGUGGCCGGUAUUACAGUCGCGUAUUCCCGGCGUGCGCAGGGUACUACUGACGAGGACAAGGAGGAACCAGGAACUGGAGCUGAUGAAACAUCACUGGAAGAUCUCAUGAAGCAGAUGAAAAGCAUGUGAAAAGAAACAUAAAAAAUGCAUUUUUAAGUUGUUGAAUGUUGACUUGUUAAAUUUAUUUAUUGUAUCGGUGACUGAUAUUGUCUUUUUUCCAUUAUUGGUUCUAUUAUGUAAGUUUUUACUUUCUGUGAUUGCUAUUUAUAAAUAGAGAAUCCAAUCCUUUUAAAAAA